AGAGGGGAAAAUGUCCAGUCCGCGUACGGACCCAGGGCGUUGCGCUCGCGUGCGCGCUUGCUUCAGACGAUGCGCGGACGAGCACGUGCGGGCCGCCAUGAGGUGACCACAGCGACGCGACGAUCUAGUGGGACAGAAGAGAGGGGGCAGUUUGUUGGCUCGCGUUCAUCCUUUUUAUAGCGAGAAUAAGUAGGUCCGUUCAUGAGAAACUAUUGACAGCAUUUGUUAUUAACCGAAGUGCAGUGCCAUUGAGAAGAUUUGUAUGUCGAAUGAAGUUUUCGAACGAGAUAAGGAUGUUGCGAACUUGGAAGAAUUGAAUAUUUGUGAUAUAUUCUCUUAGUGUCAAGGUAUGACACUUUUCUCGUCAGUGGCAUUAUUUCUUGAAGCGCUAAAUCACGCCAACCGCACCAACAGCUCAUGACAUCUGAGAAGGGAGAUGGUCGGAAACCCCUAUAGGUAUAGGGCAGCCCUUCGCCAGCUCGACAACAGACACGCUACUGCAGGAUGUUUAUUGGCUGUCCUCUUUCUGGUUCCCUUCGCUGCCCGUGUUUAUCAUGUGAACAUGACAAUUCUUUUGCUCGCUGCCUCUCUGUAUGCAGUUGUUGUGGUACCUCUGAUAACUGGCUACAUUACUUGUGGUAGCAUAUUUCGAAUUGUGAGAAUGAUCAGUUUAUCUCUAUUUAACCCAAGAACCAUCCAGUAUGCUUCACUUCAAGUUCUUCUUUUUUUCUUAUGGCUUCAUGAAUUGUAUAGUAGCCUGCACACCAUUCAUACCACAGUAAUUCAGGUACUAUAUUUUCUCGUAUCAGAAAAAGCUUUCUGCCCAGAGCAGAAGUGUGUGAGCUUAUAUGCACUUCUUUUUUGUACUAUGUUGGCUUAUCUCUAUCAGUCCCUUCAGACACGUCGCUGGUCUCAAAUAAUGUUCACCACUACUACAGCUGAUUUCUUGCGUCUGACAACAACAUUUAUUAUUCUUCGACUUGGAAAAGGAGUGGCCAUGAGUUUUGUACUUAUUACAAUUACUCUUCAGUUUGAUGACUUAGAACCAUGUGCUCCAUUUAUCAUCACCACUACUCUUUAUUUUAUUAUCACACAGUUUUUGAAAAACCCUAAAGAUAAUAUUUUAGUUACUGCAGUUAGAUAUAUGGAUCUGUACAUAUUUGAAGGCUUAGAAGAAUAUUGGAUACCUCUGUUAAUGAACUCCCUAGCAAUUCUCUUAUCUAUCAUAAAUAUAAUUAUUGCACUUAAUCAAGAUUCAGGGAAUAUUGUGCUCUGUAUGGUUGUUAUGUACACAAAUGUAAUUAUUGCAUUUCAACAGCUACAAGAAGAGUGCAUCGAGCCAUUUAAAGAACAAUUAAAGCUCUUAGAACGCUUUCCACUGGCAACUAAAGAACAAAUGGCACAAAGAGGAGACACUACGUGUCCUGUUUGUUUGGAUGAAAUGAAUUUUUUAACUGCUCGUAUUACUCCAUGUCGACAUAUUUUUCAUGGGCAAUGUUUACGUCAAUGUGUAUUACAAUAUCAGCAAUGCCCAAUGUGUAAACAAUCUCUCUAAAUGAUUAUAUUGAAUUGUUUGUGAAAUUGUUACUGAAAAUAAGUGUAAUUUUAUAUUUAAAUGUUAUUAAUACAAGAUUCAGCAAUAAAGACCCAAAAGGCAAUACACAAAAAACUAACCUUCAAAUGAAUUAUUUCAUUAGUCAAAUCUCCAAAAACAUUGCUUCCAUUCAAUACUUAGGUAUGCAUUUUUUAUAUUUUCUUUUCUUAAGGGGUAAUUUUAAAAACGAGAGAAAGACUGGAAAUUUUUUAUUGACUAGAAGUGAUACCAAAAACGCAUACUUUCUCACAUUAUUGGAAAUAAUUAUGUAUUAUUGAAAUAUUGUAAUUUCGUCUUAGUUUUAACAGUCAAAUUUAAUCAAUUCAAUCAAAGCCCUGAGGUGCAUACCCAAGUUUAUUUAGAUAGUCAGGAACAGUAGUCAUUUCUUACUUUGACAAAUAAAACAAAUAUGAAUAAAUUUAACUGUCACAGUAUUUGCAGCACAUAAUACAAACUAGUGAU